UUGCGGAAAACCAAACCAUGAAAGCUGUCAAGCGCAAACAAGCAUUGGUGCAACCGAAAUGUCCAUGAAGCUCGCCGCGCCCGCUCUCCUCCUUCCUCUAGUGCUUGCGGCCAUCCUCCACCCGGCCGCCGUCGUUGCUGUAGGUGAUGGCACACCUGCAGGCCCCGGUGGCGGCGGCUUCAGCCUGCGGCUGGUACCCAGUCCCGGCUGGAACCGUACCAUCCACGUCGACGACGACGGCUUCGUGCACCUAAAUGAGCACGCCACUACCGCGCUUCGACCGCCCAUGCACACACAAGUUGGUGGCAUGUACAGCGUCGUCACCAGCGUUGGGACGGGGGCCGGCCGGCGCACGUACGUCCUCGCGCUGGAUAUGACCACCAGCGUACUGUGGAUGCAGUGCAAGCCGGUCCAAGAGCCUUUCGCACAGCAGCCGCCGCCCUUCGAGCCCGCGAAGUCGCCGUCAUUCCGCCCCGUGCCGGGCAACAACGCGUUCUGCUUGCCGCCCGAUCAUGAGGAUCAUCCCACAGUUCAAGACCCGUGCAAGUUUCAUAGUAUCCGACUAGACGGCAGCACCGAUAUGAGAGGCGUCCUGAGCAACGAGACCUUGGCCUUCGCGGCCUCCGGCCGGCAGGCGGAGGUUGCUGGCGUCGUCAUUGGCUGCACGCACAACAGCAACGGCUUCAAGUUCAACAGCCAUGGAGUGCUCGCCGGCGUACUCGGCCUGGGAAGGCAGGCCCCGUCGCUCAUCUGGACGCUCGGCCAACACAGGCAUGGCGCCGUGCAGGUGCAUCGCUUCUCAUACUGCCUCCCUAAUCAUGGCUCGUCGGACCACCACAGCUUCCUCCGGUUCGGCGACGACGUUCCUCACACCCAACACAUGGUGAGCACCAAGAUCAUGUACAUGGCCGCCACGGCCGGCCGAGAUUUCAGCGCCUACUUCGUCUCCCUCACGGGCGUCAGCGUUGCCGGGAAGCCGCUGCAUGAUAUCAAGGAGCUGUUCAGGCGUCACGUGCACGGCCAAGAGUGGACCAGCGGAUGCGCCUUCGAUGCUGGGACACCGACAAUGGUGAUGAUAAUGCCCGCUUACAACAAGCUCAAGGACGCCGUGGUGAGGCACCUCAAGCCGCUCGGGUUGCAAAUCGUGUCCGGCCAGUACCACCUCUGCUUCCGUGCGACGUCGCAGCUCCGGCAGCACCUGCCGACGGUGACGCUGCAGUUCGCCGAGACAGAAGCGCGGCUCGUGCUCCCGCCACAACGGCUGUUCGUCGCCGUUGGGCACGACAUCUGCCUCGCCGUGGUGCGGAGCUACGACAUCACCAUCAUCGGCGCGAUGCAGCAAGUGGACAAGCGCUUUGUCUACGACGUUAGAAAUGGUAGGAUCUAUUUCGCCCCUGAGAAUGCAUGCCAUGCAGACGCUGGUCAUCAGAUUUGAUUGAUCUUUUGUUGUUUGAUGAAAUUGAAGUCAUCAACUGCUCAGGAAAAUAAAAAGAAGUUAAGAAA